AUGAGAGUUUUUACUAACAUCAACCGUGAGUUUCAAAGAGUUUUCAAAGUGGAUUUUUGGUGGUGUGAUGUGGUGGUGGUUCGGUCUUCCUUUUAUACCUCACUUACGCGACGUACUGCUAAGUGGGAAGACUCGGAGAGACGGGAUAGCAGCCUAGGGCCGAGUGUUAUUUCACCUCAUUUAGGCAACGUACUGUUAAAUGAGAAUACUCGGAGAGACGGGGUUGCUGCCUAUGGCCGAAUCGAGUCGGGGGUGUUACAACCCGGGAAGCUAAGACCCGCGGUCGGCCACGCCACAACCGCCCACGCCACGCCGCGCACGACCAUGCCGCGCGAGCCGGGAAACAAAGCCUCGCGGCCGCGCAACCUAUCUCGCGUACCACGGCCGAUGGUUCCGUCCGAGCCGGGAAACAUCGUCCCACGUCCGGCCGAGAAACCAUCGACCAUUCCAUCACCCGUCCGACCACACCGGCCGACCAUGAAAUCAUCCGGCCACGACCGUUCCGACACGGCCACGACCCGACUGUCCGGCCACGACCGUCCGAACGCCGCGGUCGACCCGAAGCCGUUUUUGAAGCCCAAUCCGCACAAUUCAAGCCCAAAGCCGGCGCCGUAG